ACGGGAUGGUGGUCGUAGCCAUGCCCAGCAGCCAAUGAGAAGAGGGAUCGAGUAGCUGUCAGAUGGGCCACGCCUCGGCCAAUCGGCGCUUAGCUGCGCAUGACAGAGUGUCUCAGGCUCGAAACACGCCGGAGCGGCAGUCCCUUCUGGUGCGUGCGUAGGAGAACGUCUCUCUUUCGCCCGGUCACGAGAGAGAGGGAGUGUAAAUCUGACGUUUCGUUAUCAUUCUUCGAACAAUCUCCGUCGCCACAAAUCCUUGGUACCCUUAGCGGUGUCGCGCGUGUUUUUGGUACUGAUUAUACGAUUGACGCGUCGCGUGUUGUCGAGUAAGGAGUGUUAGGUGUUAGGAGUGUAAUAUAAACAACACACAGUGCGUUUCACGAAUCGUUCCAAUCAAGUGCUACAUCAUCGAUUGUGUCGCGUGUUUCUCGAUAGUAGAAUCAAGAGCUAGAAUCGAUACGCAAAAAGGUUUUUUCCUACUCGAAGUUUUAUAUAAAAAAGAAAAGAAGAAUCGAAAACGAGACACAUAGAGGAGGACAGAGAAAACGGACUAUUUAACACGGUCCUAAUAAUAGCCAGUGCGCGUUCGUACGCGAGUAUACUAAGCGCCUAUAAAUACACAGCUACCACGGGCCGCGGAAACACGAGCCCGUGGAUUUCACGGUGCAACCUGCCACACGAGGAGAUAGAAAAGACGCGAGUCCGAAGGGAAAAGAGGGAGAAUAAUCUUGAAGGAGGGCGCACCUGGCGCUCUAAAGAGAAACUUGCCAUAAUCGGAUCUAGUCGGGGCCGGUAACGCAAGAUAAUCGUGCGUGGUACAUGUAAGACGGAGGGAAACUAUAGAGAUAGAGACGAUUAUAAAGAAAUACACGUUGGAAUACGUUGUAUAUGUAACAUAUACGCGAAAGAUAGAAAAAGAGAGAGAUAAGUGAAGCAAUCGGUCCACCUUAGGCUCUCCGCUGUUUCCAGUACACCCAGCCUCUCAAAGCAGAUUAGAGAAUAACUAGAGUGAGAUUUUAUUAUUCCACCUUGGUAUAUCCAACGAGUAUAUCCUUUCUUUUACUCUUGUAACACGAGAAACAUCCCAUGUUGGAAUUUGUCGGCAGCUUCUCGUGCUUGCAGUAACUCUCUACCAAGCGGUAGCCUAAAAAUAUCUCCUUCCUGCAUAUUCUGACGCGUUUAUACAGUCACAAGUGUGGCGCGUUCUUCUUUUGUAUUAUCAUAUGUACUCUCCACUCGAUCAAAACUGAAAAGUAUACUCGUCCACUUUAAGUAAACGGACCGGUCAUAUAUCGAUAGAGGUAUAUCGAAAGAGAAACUUUUUAUAACAAUUGUUUUCGACUAAUCGAUACAAUCAAAACAACCGUGUUCGUUCGUUGAACCUAGUAUAUUAUCCUAUAGUCUGCUUUCUCUUCGUUAAAAGGCACGCUUUAAGUACAUACACGCAUUGGUUGCAUGUCGGUUCUAGAUUAGUAUUGUCAAAUCAAAAAAACAAUUUCCAUAGCGUUACGUAUAAUAGAAACUAAAAUACGCGAUUAAAAGAUCGUGUUGAUUGAAGUUUAAUCGCAACACGGCGAAGAUAAACUGGAAGAAAAUGUCUCGAAGAAAAUUGGAUCUGAGGAAGGAGCAUCGUGGAUGACCAUCGAAAGGUAUGAAGAUCGUGAACGAAUUAAUCACCGCCGGUGGCUGGUACGUAGCUGAAUAUCUGCCGUCGGAACGAUUCUCGAAAGAAUCAAAUCUGGUCCGUCGGCUGAGCGAUCGAUGCGUUCCGCAAUCAUUAUUGGUGAUUAAUCAAUCGACUAAUUGUUCGAUUAAUAUCACUUGGUAGAAGGAAUAGAAGAAAAAAUCGAAUAAAAUAGUGAGUGAAACGAAGUGUACCGAAGAAAAGUGGUCCACGGUGGAGGGUGGAGGGAACGGAGUGCAAGGGGUCGCCGUGGGCCCCGGAGAUGAUGCGAUGAUGGCCUACGGAGGAACCACCGGAAACGGAGGUGCGAUGGGACCUUCUUCUGGUGGUGCUGAUGUUUUGGGCUCGACCGGUGAUUACAGCCCUCAGGGGACACCGACGCCGCUUACGGGACACGCUGCUGGACCCGUCGAGGCGACCACUUAUGGUCCUACCACAGGACCAACCAGUUACAGUCCCCAAGAUAGUCCUGCGAGUUCCGCCGGCGGCGGUAGCGGAAGCAAUGGCCAACUUCCCAGCUUUGGAUUUACCCAGGAACAAGUCGCCUGUGUUUGUGAGGCGAUGGUGUCGUCUGUCCAGGUUCUCCAACAAGCAGGCUCCGUGGAGAGGCUCGGCAGGUUUCUGUGGUCCCUGCCGGCAUGCACUAGGUUGCAUCGCCAUGAGAGCGUGCUGAAAGCCAAGGCAAUUGUCGCUUUCCAUCGGGGACACUUCAAGGAGUUGUACAGGAUCCUUGAGAGUCAUACGUUCAGUCCGCACAAUCAUCAAAAACUGCAAGCUCUCUGGCUCAAGGCUCAUUACAUAGAGGCCGAGAGACUGAGAGGAAGGCCUCUUGGUGCAGUCGGAAAGUAUCGCGUUCGGCGCAAAUUUCCACUGCCACGUACAAUUUGGGACGGCGAGGAGACGUCUUACUGCUUCAAGGAGAAAUCCAGGAGCGUCCUGAGGGAUUGGUACGCCACCAAUCCCUAUCCCUCACCUCGCGAGAAACGAGAAUUGGCAGAGAGCACGGGCCUCACCACUACGCAAGUCAGCAACUGGUUCAAGAACCGAAGACAAAGGGAUCGUGCAGCUGAACACAGCGGCCAACGAGAGGACAAAACUCACGGCGGAGGUUUAGGUGAUUCGAGCAGCGAAAGUGGUGAUGAAACGAAGAGGCAGGCGGUCAAUCAGCAACCGCCGCAACAACCAUCAUCCUGCGCUGUAGCUGCGCAGCAGCAGCAACCGAUGAUGGAACAUCAACAGGCGUCGAGCAUGUAUCAGCUUCCUCCUCCUGUCUCGGUUUCCAGUCCUCAUUCGUACCACCAAGGCCAUAGCUCGACCUUGAGCCAUCCUCACACGCCGACGCACCAUAUACAACACCAUGAUACCGGAAGCGAGAGCGGAGACGACAAACGGAAUCUUCAUCAUCAGCUGCAACAUCAUCUCCAGGUCGGUGCUCACGGUACUCACGGCUUGGUACAUCCCACGGCGACCUUGCCACCGCCGCCACCCAGCUGCGCCCAGCAGAAGAGUCAGUUGGACUAUAUGCAGUACUAUAGUCCACAGGAUUACCUAAUCACACCGACCUCGGCGGAUCUGCAGAAGUCGCUUCCUCAUACAGCCACGUCGAUGCAGAUGGGUGCUAUAGCUCCUUCCAUGGGUGGUCUGAGCCCAAUGGGUCCGUCGACGAUGCUGCCGAACACGAUGCAGAGCGUGAACACGAUGAACACUAUGUCGAUGAACGGCAUGGGGAUGGGAGCGUAUCAGGGCAUGGGUUCCAUGGGGAUGUCUACGUCACAUGGUAGUUAUCACAGCGGCCUGGUAUUAGGCGAUUAUCACUCAUUGUGACCCUGGGCCCCGAGCAGCCAGGGCAAGAGAAACCAAGAGAAAACUUAAAGAAACAGAAGCUACGAAACCUAUAAGAGAAAAAAAAAAAAAAAGAAAAAAAGAAAACCAAGAAGGAAGCUAGUUUUUGCGAUUCGUAAACGAAUCUGGCCACGAAAUUAUAUCUGUGAGAUAGUGGGAGACGAAAGAUGACCGUGUAUCAUUUUCGAGAUAGCUGGGCCGAUUCGUCCAGUUUAUACUCGAUGAAGAAUUCAGAGUAUACCACGUUAGGUAAUUAGGAAGAACAUUUUGUUCUUUGCGAUGUUAGGUCGAAGGCGUCGGCGCAAAGCACGCGAAAAACGUGUCGAUUAGAAAUUGACGAGACGAACGGUCUGCGUAUAGUCGAGGAUCGUAAUGUACGUACUAGUUGUAUACAUUGCCAGGCAACUGAUGUUGCGAUUUUUUCGUGAUGUCGAGACGGAGAUAGAAUGAACGGUGAGAUCGUGUACCGCGGAAGCGGAUGCGCCCGAUCUCGCUGAAGCUUCUCGUCCUAGGAACGAGUUGCAGAAGGUUUUAGGGAAGUUUGCGAAACGUUGGAGUUGAGAUAAAUAUCGAAACAAAGAGAAAUAUCUCGUAUCUCUGACCGAAGCGACCACAUCAUGCCUCGACUUUUUAAUCGCCGCACAUAUACAAAUACACACACAUAUACACACACGCUGGAGAAACGAUCUAUCUGACAAACUAGCCGGCAAAAAGAGAGGAAGAACUUCACCUGUGGUAUUACGCGUAAUACAUGUUCUUCGCACACAGAUACAGGAUAUAUGAACGACGCCCAUUUGGUUCUCCCAAUUCUUUUGGGGACGAACGAUAUAUAUAGUAUAUAUAUAUAACGCAUACGAUUAUUACGAAUAGUAGCCGUGAGAACACGAGGAAAAUCGAGGCAGCGGGGGAACGCUUCCGGCGUGAAAAUAGCAAAAGACAUGUUAGCAUUUUUCUUUUUCUUUCUUUAUCCCAUAUCGCCCUGCGACACUAGACAAGGCCAACGUUUUUCUUGUUUUUACAACACAGCUUCCAGAAACAACGCAAACACAUGUCGUAUCUUAUUUUAGUUCUCUUUUCUCCCGCGAAUCCAAUGAUUCUCAUUAUUCCCAUUAUUAUUCCCCGUUUUAAUCUCGUAGCGUACCGCCCCUACCUAGGUCCUGAGAAGUAAGAGGAACACACUCAUACGUUAUUUACGGUUACCAGUAGUUGGUUAGAACCGUGCAAGCCUCAACCUGCUAUCGGUAUCUUUCUUGACCUUGGCGAACGUCGUGUUAUAAGCCUCUCGGCAUUUUUCCAUACCUUUCAAUAUGUGGAGAAUUAUGAAAUAAUAGUUCACUUUCUAUGUUGCCUGGAAGAAGGGAAAGAUAUACAGUGUUUGGUGUGUCUGUAACAGAGUGCUCAUUUUUGUCGAAGAAUAUAAAAUAUCUAGUAAUCGUUUAAGUUGGAGAAAAUUAUUGGUAAAAUUCUUAACGAGAUACUUCGUAGCUUUGAAAGAAAUUUCGAUAAAUUUAUCGAGAUGUCACGCGGUCAAAAUUAAACAAUCUUUGAAGCAUAAUUCUUCGAUGAGAGGAUAACAUUUAAUAUCUGCAACGGGAUAAUAUUUGAAGAGAAAUUAUUUGGGAUAAUAAUAUAUAAGUUAUAAUAUAUGCAAAAUAUUUCAAUAAUCUAGAAGGUAUAAUUUUAUAUAAACAAAUGUUUGAUAUUCAGAGAAACAAUUUUACGUUAACGUUAACGAUAAUGUUUAGUACCAAUUAUUUUCUUCAUUAGGUAAUAAAGGAAGAACAAGCGAGAAUAAGUAAGCACGAUGAACGUCGAUGGUCCAGGAGCACCGCUUCCCCUUCCUUUAUGGGAGGAGAACGAUGUUAUUUGGAAGAUUCAACACCACCGUGCAGGCAAGAUCCCUGAGAGUGAUCUCUGAGGCGUGUACGGAUCUUAGCCAUCCCCCGCUAAUUAAUUAACGUCACUAUAACGAACCACACACGCUCUUCACACACCGAUCCUCUCACACCGUACGCUUCUGUGUUUGUCCUGUGUACAUAUGUAGAUAAUAUACACUCACACAGUUUAUACACACUUUCAUAUACACGUACACCUUCAUACACAUCCACUCAUACACGUGUACACUGCUGGCCAUUGUUAGAAUAUUCGAACGAACGGAAUCGCUAAGAAGCCAAUUUGAUAAAUGUCACUUUCGCGAAGCUUGUUAAUUUUCGCCGCGAAAAGAUGUACACGAUCGUUAUUUAAUUUUUCGUAUUUUAAUCUUGAUACUUACGGUCAGCAGAGUAGAUACACAUUUACACGAGCGUUCGAAAGAAGAUUAAGUUAAUCUCGUCUAUAACGGGCGAGUACCGGGUGUUUGCGAAUCAGGCUCGAGUCACGAUUCAAUUUCAUUCUCUGAUACGCGAUUAUUCGAAAAGCCUGUCUUUAUUUAUGGCUCACAGCAUCCUCUACUUUGUAUCAAUUCGCGAUCUUGCUGCUCGUUCGUGCACAACGCUGUUCAAGACUAAGUGUAUGUAGACGCGACUAUAUAUGUAGAUCGAGAAUACAGAGGAAGAACACGAUAAGUCACAUUUACUGUUUCUCACGGAAAAAUACCGAUAAUGCUAAACGCAAUAUCAUUAUCAAUACAGCUACACGUAGUUAAGCGAUACAAGAGAUACGAGUAAUUGAUGAAUCAUUUAACUUUGAGGUGCACGAAUUUUUACCGACUUCCAAACGUAAAUGCACAAGCAAAUACGUAAAGACGCAAUAAAUAAGUAUAUUAUUUUGUAGAAUAGAAAUACAACAUAAACGCAAAAUUGCAAUUAUUUCUACAGCGGAGCGAAAUACAUGUAAACGUUUAAUUUACACGUAAUCCUCUAACGAAGUGCAAACUCGAUUAAGAUCUUAAUAUCGCUCGUUGAUAAUGAUCUUGCUAUACUAUAUCAGAAAAUUUUUAUUUCCUCGCAUACUCGUGACAGUAUUUAGAUUGUUAAUCAUAAAGUGACUUUAAAAUCAACAAAACGAGAAAAGUGUAUUUAUCGUGUUUUUCAUUUGACGUGAUCGUCCAAGAGAGGAAGAGAAAGAAGACACAGCGAGAAUGAAACGUUCGCUCGGUUUUACCGGUUUCGAAGAUACCUCUUCAUUAGGCCAGUGAAAAAUGAUAAAAUUUUAAUUGCUUCACGCGUGUCAGGCUGGUUAUAGGCGGCUAGGACCGUGCAUUAGAUAGAAACGGUAUGCAAAUUAGCGUGACCAAGGCAAAAGCGAGCGGUAGGCGGAGCAGCUGCUUCCUGCCAGCCAAUUGCCGAGUGCCAAUCUUUUCAUCGCAAAUAGAAUCAGCAACACCUUUACAGAACACCGCUCUUGCCUCUGUGUCUCGCUCUUUUGCCUCCACUGUACUGUCACGUUAUGAAUUGCAUCGUUGACAGAAAUUAGUAGCAGUUUCUGGAUAGUUGGGUAUGCGUUUCAAUUAAAGUCGUCAGUUCCUCGAAAUAAGGGCAAAUUUUGUUAUUCUCGUGUUGUUCCGAGUAAUUGAAAUGUAGGAUACAUCCGGUGAUUGUUUUAAUUUAGUUAUGCGUAUUCGAGGAUAAUUGUUGAAUCUGUAUUUAACUACUCGCGUGAUCAAUCGUCUUCGAUAUUAAUUGCGGAUUAAUUGUGGUAUAGAUGACAACGUGCUUUUUUAUUUCAGAUGAACGUGGAUAAAAUCAAAUUUUACUGACACCUUAUCGUUUAUUUAAAAAUUUCGAGAAGUAAUCGGGAUUUUUCUAUUUUGAAAUGGAAAUUAGAGAAACAGUUACGGUGAAACACGGUUGAAGCUUAAACCACGAUUCAACUCGUUCUUUAAAACCUACUUCAGCAUGUUACAUUUUCUAAUUUAUCGUUUCUACAAUUUCUAGAGAUAACGAUUGUAUUUUUAAAAUACACCUAGGAAAAUCGUAAUUGAAUUAUUUCUAAUUCUUGAACAAUUAUUGUACUCGAAGAACGCAGCCCGAGAAACCAAACGAGAGGACGAGCCUGAAACAUUCACUUCUUCCUCGAAAACACCCGGUAUAAAAUAAAAAAAACACUGUCGUAGAUAGCGUAAGUUAGAGCGUAACUUAUCAUUUAUUAUCCGCAGUUCGCAGUCUGUACAUAAAGAGAGAGAGAAGAGCGAAAAACCUACAAGUACGAGAGAGAGAGAGAAAGAGAGAACGAGAUUGAAUGAGGAGAGUGAUAGAAUGUGUGAAAGGUAUAAGAUAAUGAGCGAGGAAAAAUCUGAAAACACACGGUAUAUAGCUAGAACGAAGAAUAGGAAAGAAGAGAAAACGCGAGGUGUGUAUCAUAGAGGUGACAAAAUUUAAACGCUAUAGAGGAGAAAGAAAAGGAAAAGAGGUAAAAAGUAUGAGUUUUAUCGGUUCUCUAUUUAAGGGACAUCUCUCGUGCAGAUGUCUGGAAUGUAUAUCCCGUUGGUUGCGACAUUGCCUUGUAAGAUUCUUAUCUAGGAUGCUGAGCAGGGGAAAGGAUUUUUCCCUGUUAGAAAGAGUCCUCGGGACGAAACAGGGUAAGCAAAAGAAAGGGAAAGAGGAACGACGGGGAAGGAGAAAGGGAAGCUAGAUGAAGAAACGCUUGUAUCAUCUGUUGGCAAAUCUGUUUAGAAAAUUCAAACUCCUUGCUUCAAAUUUGUUCUAUUUACGUGUCUACAAAUUGAGGACAAACUGAAGUUCUUUAUCAUUCUCUUUGUAUCAUCAUCUUGGUCUUCCUUCAUCAGUUUAAAAUAUUCAGUCAUUAGUCAGAAUGUAUAAUACAUUGUGUAAUUUUAUAUGAAAGAUGAGACACAGAAGGAGAUUUAAAUAUUUUAACGUAUCUUGGAAAAAAAAGGAAAUGAUAAAUAGGACAUUUUAAUUAUGUCAGGAGGGCAGCUGUUUGCUCGACUAUUAUGUUAUAUACUAUUGGUAAUACAGAACAUUCGCGUCACCCGAUAUACGAGAACACCGUGACUGUUCGAGGAUCUAGUUCUACUUUGAAUCUGAUCAUUUUAUUUCAUUUUUUUUGUUUUUGUUUUUAUUUAUUUUGUUCGCUCGAUUUAUUGGAUACGUACUCUAGACAUGUUUAAUGAAAUUGGUGUACUGCUUUUUUUUUUAAUAGUUUUAUUUUCUAUCGACUUUUUACGAAUAUUGGAGUAAAAAUAGAAAUUAAACUUUUUUUUACGCGUUUUAUAUCAAAUUAAUUGAACGCAAAGGCGACGAGCUACCUUCAAUUUCAAAAUCGGUAACUGUGUUAUGUCUAUGUCCUAACGAGUCUUUUUUAUUGCUUUUAGCAUGUGUGCAUCGAUCAUGUUUCACCUUUCUUUUUAUAACAGAAGUGAAAUUUAUUACAAUCAUGGAAGAUAACGUUAUAAUAAUAUAAUUGAAAUUUUAUACCUUUCUUUGCAAGCUAUAAAAUUAAGAUAUAUAUAAUCAUCAGGUAUACAUGUGAAAUCAAGCUGUGUUACCAGAAGUAUAAAAUCAGAUAGAAUCAUGAAAUAUAUACAGUCAAUAUACAGUAUCAAUGAAAAGAAGAUCUACAGUCAUCAAAAAUACAAUAUCAAGGUAUAAGAUCAAGAUAUAAAACCAAAAAUAUAAUAUUGAGAUAUAGAAUCUUCAGAUACCUGAAAUCAAGAUAACAUAUAGAAUCAUGAAACGUAAAGUUGAAAUAAAAAGGUCAUUUCUUUAGAUUUUUGCAUAAUUUGAUUAAAUUCUCGCACAAAAUGUUUCGAGGAAAGCUAACGACAGUGAAGAACAGUCUGUAUUAUAUCCUCGGUUAUAUCGACAUCCGUUCUCUUUCGAGAUUUCUAUAGUCCAACAAGAAGCCAAACUGUCUUCGAUUCACGCACAAUCUACGCUUUGUACGGCACAGUAUACACGCUCGACGUCGUUCAGGGUGCACACCACUCGCGAUACAUUCCGAAAAUGCACACAAGCGAGGAUUCAGGCAAAAGAUUUCUUUUUUUUUUUUAUUUUCUUCUUUCUUUUUAAUUUUUUAAGAAAACCGUUUCUGGGGAAACUUUUGUUUCAACUUUGCGAGUGAAUAAGCUCUCGGUUUUUAUUUGAAGAUCAAUCGCUGGUUUCGUUAUAAAUGUAGAUCAAAUUUCCAAUCGACUUUCUUUUUCUUUUUUUUUUUUUCUUUUAUCUUCAUAGCAACCAGUGUUGUUUUAAAAAUCGUACGUUAUAUUUGUAACCCUGUUAUUAUAUCUGUUUGAAUGAUUUUAAACCUGAUCGUGUUUUUGUAUUGUUUUGUGACGUUUCUUCAUUUUGAAGAUAUCGAUGAAUCGUUAAGCUAAAAUGAGCAAUUUUUCGUUUCAGUUUUAUAUUUUAUUUUUUUAACACCGUGUGGAAAGUGAAGAGGGUCAAAGAAUCGGAAGCUCUUGAAUCUGUUUCUGUUCGUUGAAUCAAGUGGAAGACAAGAAUUCAGUGAUAGUAGAACAGAGUCUAUUUCUUCAUCUUAUUUCUGUAGGAUCAAUUUCUUUUUUUGUUUUUUAUUUGAAGGAGAAAAUAUUUUUUUUUAUUUCUCAUCCUUCUUCCUUUUAUCCUUGGUUCUAAUGGGAAAAUCAGAGUUUCGUCUUGGUUUUAUAUUCCUUAAUGUGUAAUCGCUUUUAACGUAUACGUUACCGAAGAUUCGGAGCAUGUGAUCGUUCAUUUAUCAGACUCGUUUCGACGUUCAGGCGGAGUUGGCUCUUUUAACUUUUAGAGAUGUUUUGUCACUUUACCGGGCCAAGGCUGCCGAUAAAUCUUCCUAGUGUAUAAUUAGACAAGAAUCACUUGUCGCGCAGAUCAUCUUCUCGCAGAACGCUAGGACUUUGCAGCCAGCAACAAACAAGUCAGCAAUAAAAGAAUCUUCAGGAAUCGUCGUUUUAUAUCUAAUAAAUCGCGAGCAAUUCUCGAAGAGGAUUAGAAGAAACCGUUUGUAAAUGAAACGCCACGAAUUGUACCCGAUCACGCGAUUGGCCUUGAAAAGUCCAACGCUAUUAACGAUAUUAAGAUCUCCAAAUAUCGGAAAUAUUAAUCGUAUUAAGAAUAUUCAAAAUUUUAGGAAAACAUGCAGAUGGAAAUGAUAUUGAUUCAAAUCUCUCGGCUUGCGAAAUUAGAUUCACCAAAUAUCGAGAUUGUCGAGAAUAGUAAAGAUAUUCUUCAAAAAUUGUCAGAUGAAGAUAACAGUCUCUAAACGUUUCGUUUCCGAUAUCGCAAAUAUUUUGAAAAAGUCUAGAAAUCGAAGAAUACGAAAAUUACCAAGCGUAACAGCAGACACCAAGGAAACAAAACUCUCACGAAUCGAAACAAUAUUUAAAUCUCAAAGUUUCGCCCAAGGAAUUGGUCCAAUCUUCAGUUGGAUCAAUCAGUUUCGUCAGUCUUAGCACAAAUCUCUCUUGGAUCGGUAAUUCACAAAGGGAAACUGUACAGCGGACAAAAGUGCUGAUAAAUACACGCAUAGGAGUGGUAUUGUACCGUUUUUCGUUCGCAGAAAAUGUUUUGCGCAAGGACGAUUAUUAAUAACCGACAGUUCUUCCCAGCAGUUCUCAUUCGUGUAUUUUAGCGGACAAGCUUACUGUUGCACAACUAACUAAGACAAAUCGCUAAGAGUGAGAGAAUGAGAGAAAGGAGAAGCUGAGAAAUAAGAGAAAUGAGAGAACGAAGAGGAGAGAAUGGCUUGUGUAUAUGUAGGUGUACGCGUGAAUGAAAACGGAUGUGGAAAGGGUAGCACGAAUAGACAAGUAAGAAGAGAUCACAUGAUGUACGAUCGAACUGUAAUCGAAGUAAAAGUUGAUGUUAUUUAAAGUAAUAAAAGGAAAAUAUUAUAUAUAUAUGUAUAUAAUAUAUAUUAUACAUUAUAUUAUAUAUAUAUUAUAUAUAUAUUAUAUAUACAACACGUGGGUAACGAUAACUCCCUUACACGAUGUAUUAUCCUGUAAAACUUCUGCGCUAAUUAAAUGUUAAAUUAAAUUCGUUAUCGAGCAUUGAUUUAUUUUUUUUUCAGACGAAUAAGUGGCUUUUUUUUUUUUUAAAAGAAAUUUACGGCGAACGAGAAGAUGAGUAUUUUAAACCUUUGAAGAUAUAGCUAUACGUAAUUGCUGGAGUAGAAGCUGGAUAAAAUCAACUAGGAGAUGCAUACAUAGGUAUUUUUAUACUUUUGUGUAUAUAGAUUAUAUUUUCUGUUGCAAUUUCUUGAAACUUGUAAUAGAAACUAUUAAUUUAGUUGAUAGAAAUGGUGUAAUGUUCCGGUGAACGAAGAUUAAUGUACAGAGUACACGUGUAUUUAAUACUGGAUGCAAAUAUCUAAAACAAAGAUCACUUGUUUAGUUUGUAAAUCAAGAUACCUAUUGGUAAGGUAUUCUCCUCAUAAAAAUAGAGAAACACCACAGUGUAAUGAUUCGAACGACAACAAUAAUUGGUAGACAUUUAUUCUUGGUAUACUAAUAAUUAUUUGAAUGGUUUACAUUUAAGACACGUGCAAUUUCCAAUUAAUAAUAUUUGAGAUAUAAUGAUACGAAAAAGCUGCUUCAAUGUUCACUGCUUCAAUAAAGAAUCGUAUGUGUUGAAACAAUGUCAAGGGACUUUUGCUUUGCUUUUAUAUUGAAACCAGGUGAAAUGUAAAAGGUGUAUCGUUCGAAUAAUUAUGAGUGGUAGUGUACAUAUGUAUAUACUACUAACAAAUUAAUUAAAUAAACAAGUGUAUAUCGUGAACCACAGUUUUCUUGAAGAACUUCAAAAACGUAAAAUCUUUCAAACUU